AAAAUGUAUGCAAUCAGUUAUAUACUUUAACGUACGUCAAAGUUGUCACUUGUUGAUUUGGUAUAAAGAGCUGCUACCUGUUGAUUAAAUAAACUUCUGGUGUUGAAAGCAAAUAAUGCUUUAAUUACACACUUGCAGUCAUUACAAGUUAAUGUCAUACAUUUUUUUUAUCUAUAAACAAAGAUUUGGAGCAAAAUAACAUUUUAUCAUGGAUAAACUGAGGAGAGCCUUGAGCGGAGACGACGAAGAUGAUGAAGAGCGCGACAUUAUGUCCCAAUUCCGAGACAGUGCAACACUCAGUUGGAACACUAGAAUUAAAUGUUUCAUUGGAUGCUUUGUCGUUGGCAUCCUGUUAACUCUUUUAGGAUCCUUUGCCUUUUUCUUGGGAGGAAUCACAAUGUUCGCUGUGUUUUACACCCUUGGUAAUAUUGUCUCGAUUGCGAGUACUUUGUUCCUGGUGGGUCCUGUGAGUCAGAUGAAGAAGAUGUUUUCACACACCCGAGCAUUGGCCACUAUAUUAGUCAUUGUUACUUUCUGCUUAACCUUGGUGGCUGCUAUAAAAUGGCACAAAGCGGUUUUGGUAUUGGUGUUCAUCAUUCUUCAAUCUGCAGCUAUGACUUGGUACUCCUUGUCUUAUAUACCUUAUGCAAGGGAUGUCGUCAAGAAAACCGUUUCCGCUUGUUUGGUCUAAAAGCAUUUUUUUAAUCUCAGAUAUUUUAUAUUUAUAUUAAU